AGGCUGGACCGAUAGCCUCCGAAACAAUACAGAGAAACCCUGUCUCGUAAAAACCAAAAAAAAAAAAAAGUUUCUGAAACACUGUUCCUAGGAGGCUUGAAGGAGAGUUAAGUUAUACACACAGGCCAAUUUUCCCAACACGAUGGAGCCUGUGUAGCAAUGGCUAUCCAAUUGCAGGUCCUCAUGCACGGGUGGCUUCAGAAUUCAUUGGGUUUUGACCAGCUUUUUGGCAUGCUCGUCCUGCACUGAAGUAGUUUGUAUGCAGUCACACAUGCUCAAACCUCAGUUUUUAUUGCUUCCUGAAUUUUGACAAACGUAUACACGCCUAUGGUCAUCAGCAUCAACUGUAUAUGAUGUUUCUAACAGGCAGAAAUGUGCCUUGUGGCCAUUUCCAGGCAGUGCCACCUUCAAGGCCAACAAGCUUUAUGGUUUCUGAGCUACAGAUGUGUUUCAUCCAUUCUCACAUAGGGUCAGGGCGUCUUUGAACGUGGAGUCUGACCUCUCAAUUUAUUCAGAAAGUAUUUGACAAAGUUCAGCAUUUAUUCAGGAUUUAAAAAAAAGCUCAGUGAGGUAGGAGGCAAAUAUGGGAUAGCAAUUUUAAUAACAGUAAGGCUGACUUGGUUAUAACACUGUAGAUUUGGCAGACGCUUACCUUGGGGUAACUCCCACCAAGUCAUUUAAGUUUCAACACCUGAAUUAAAUUCCCCCACUUCUGCCCUGGACAGCCACUGAUUCUGUUCUGUCUGUAUCGUUCACGUCUCCCAGAAUGUCACAAACGGAGCCCUAUCCUGUGCAACCUGUUGCAACUAGCCCCUUUCAGUUGUAUAAUUCUGCCCAGCCUGACCACCAGAGUUGCAUCCCCUGGACCCUCAUGGUGCAGGGAGAGAAUUUUCUCCUCCUAGAAGUUGUCCUGUGGCUUCCUCAUUUGGGCUGUAACAUGCACGUGCCCACACAAGUCUUGCAUACUUUUAGUUUUCAAAAAGAUUGUAUUUGUAUGGACGUGUUGCCCGCAUUAUGUCCGCAUCGCGUACAAGCCCUGCUCGUGGCGGCCGGAAGGCGUCGGGUCUUCUGGAACUGGAACUUUGUAUACCCAAGGCACAGAUAGUACCACGCAAAGGCAUUUCACCCAGGACUUUCUUAGGGAGUGUGAGAAGUGAAAACCAGGAGGGAAAUUCGAUGCGGGAGGCGGUCCUCCGCUGGCAUUCUGGGACGGCGUCUGGGCUCUGCAUCCUCACUUCCGUUACCACCGAGCCCGCGCCGCAGUUUCUCCACGCGGAAUUGUGGGAAGUCGUCAGCUUCGGGUUGGCCUGUUAGCCGUCGGUCCCCGGGUUUGAGCUGUUUUCAGCCGGGGACCUCUAGGGUGUUGCCCUAGGUGCUUUUGAGACCGUCAGUUCUUGCCUGUGGGGGGACGAGGUUUGAAAGCCCCGACUUCCCUAGAAGCACCGCGCGGAGCCCUACGCUCUGCACCUCCUGGAAGGAACAAUAAAAGAUGAGCACAUACAAGGAGACGGUGACAUUCAAGGAUGUGGCUGUGGCCUUCACUGAGGAGGAGCUGAAGCUGCUGGACUCCGCCCAGAGGAAGCUGUACCAAGAGGUGAUGGUGGAGAAUUUUAGGAACCUGCUCUCAGUAGGAAUUAACCAUCAGAGUGAGUUGAGGGCGAGCCAAGACGGGAGGUCACGUGACGCCCUGUCCUGCUGGCAAAUCUGGCAGCGGGUCAUGGAUGACUUAUCCAGGUGUCAAGACUCCGUGGUCACGGCCCCUCAGUUCCGGGGUGACUCCCCCUGCCAGGUCGGGCGCUGGCUGUCGGCUCACGCUUCUGAAGAUGCGAACCGCGUACAGAGUGGAAAAGCAAAGGUUCCCACCGACCCUGCGAGGCUCCCGCCUGCAGCACUGAGAACCCAGGGUUCUUGGCCGAAAAUUUUCCCGACUGAGCCACAGAGACCUGAGAAUGGCUCCCAAGCGGUCUCCGCGAGAAGGGUGCGGGGUCAGAGUAAACGGGGUGUUGACCCUGCAAGCCGGAUUUCACGUCAUUCCCGCAGUGCUCACGAAAGGAAGGGUGCUCACGGCCCCAGAGGUGUCGGGAGAGAGAGCGGAAAGGCGGCACCCUUUGCUCAGGCUAGCCCGACCCCCGCCGAGCAGGAAGCUGCCGGCCAUGAGGAGGCUGUGCCUGCUCUCUCCAGCGCCGCCCCUCACCCUCCGUGGGACCCGGGAGACCGGUCCUGCGCGUGUGUGCAAUGUGGGAGCGGCUCCCGUGACAGCGCCGAGGGUUGUGCUGCCCAUCAGGGAGCUCGCACGGGAGGAAGACACGAGGGGCUCAGCAGCCACUGUCCACCCCCGCCCGCCCACCAGAAGGUCCAGGCCACGGCGAAGCCGCUGCAGUGCGAGCGCUGCGGGAAGUUCUUCCGCUGCAGGUCCGCGCUCAGCGUUCACUUCAAAGUGCACACCCGGGAGAGGCCGUACGCGUGCGAGGCGUGCGGGAGCGCCUUCAGCCAGGCCUCGCACCUCCAGGACCAUCAGAGGCUCCACACCGGGGAGAAGCCCUUCAAAUGCGACGCCUGCGGCAAGAGUUUCAGUCGCAACUCGCACCUCCGCUCGCACCACAGAGUCCACACGGGGGAGAAGCCGUACAAGUGCGAGGCGUGCGGGAAGAGCUUCAUCUGCAGCUCGAACCUGUACAUUCACCAGAGAGUGCACACGGGAGAGAGGCCCUACAAGUGCGUGGACUGCGGGAAGGAGUUCAGCCGCCCGUCGAGUCUUCAGGCCCACCAGGGCAUACACACCGGGGAGAAGUCCUACGUGUGCACCCUGUGCGGCAAAGGCUACACCCUGAACUCGAACCUGCAAGUGCAUCUGCGGGUCCACACUGGGGAGAAGCCGUACACGUGCGCUGCGUGUGGGAAGGGCUUCAGCCGCUCCUCGCAGCUACAGUCCCACCAGAGAGUCCACACAGGGGAGAAACCUUACAAGUGUGAGGAGUGUGGGAAGAGCUUUGGUUGGCGGUCAAACCUUCUAAUUCAUCACAGGAUCCACAGCAGUGCGAAGCCGUACAAGUGUGAGACGUGCGGGAAGGGCUACGCCCAGCCGUCGAAGCUUCGCGUCCACCACAGGGUCCACACCGGGGAGAAGCCGUACAGGUGCGAGGAGUGCGGCAAGGACUUCCGCUACGUGUCCAACAUCAACCGGCACCUGCUGAUACACGCGCGCGAGAAGCUGUCGAAAGGGCUGAAGCGCGGCGGGGGCCGCGACUGGAGGGCCGCCCUCCACCAGCGCGUCCUCGCCGAGAUGAAGCCCUACAAGUGCAAGCAGUGCGAGCAGAGCUUCAGCCGGCCCGCCGACUACCGGGCGCACCAGCGAGGCCACGCGGCGGGCAAGCUGCACACGUGCCCCAUCUGCGGGAAGGGCUUCAGCCGCCCCUUCGGGCUGCACUCGCACCAGCGGGUGCACACCGGGGAGAAGCCGUACCGCUGCGACGUGUGCGGCAGGACCUUCCGCUACAGCUCGCAGUUCACCUACCACCAGAGGGGCCACACCGGGGAGAAGCCGUACCGCUGCGACGUGUGCGGCAAGGCCUUCGGCAGGAGCAUGGACCUGCGCCACCACCGCAGGAUGCACACCGGGGAGAAGCCGCACCGCUGCCAGGAGUGCGGGAAGGCCUUCAGCCUGCCGUCCAACCUCCGCGUGCACCAGAGCGUGCACGCCAAGGAGAAGCUCUUCCGGUGCGAGGAGUGCGGCAAGCGCUUCAGCCAGCGCUCGCGCCUGCAGGCGCACCAGAGGAUCCACACCGGGGAGAAGCCGUACCGCUGCCAGCGCUGCGGGAAGGGCUUCAGCCGCUCCUCCGCCCUGCACUACCACCACAGGAUCCACGCCGGGAAGAGGCCGUUCCGCUGCGACGUGUGCGGCAAGGGCUUUGUCUACAGCUCUCAGUUCGCCUACCACCAGCGAUGCCACGCGGGGGACAGGCUGCACAGGUGCCACGACUGCGGCAAGUUCUUCGACAGCAGCGCGGAGCUGCACGAGCACCAGGGCGUGCACGCGGCCGAGAAGCCUCACAAGUGCGGGCAGUGCGGGAAGGCCUUCCACUUCCCCUCAAAGCUGCGGCUCCACCUCACCGUCCACGCCAGGGAGCAGCUCUUCAAGUGUGACAUCUGCGGCAAGGGCUUCCGGCUGAGCUCCCAACUUCUGUUACACGAGAGACUCCACACCGGAGAGAAACCGCACACAUGCGACGUCUGUGGCAAAGGCUUCGAUUACCAGUCCCGCCUGGAAACCCAUAAGAAAAUCCACACCCACAGGAAGCACCGGAGUGGGCGUGGUGGUACAUGACCGAGAACCCGGCGGAGGCCGGAAGAGGGUAGGUUUGUGGCCAGCCUGGGCUCCCAAGCAUACUUUGUUUUGUAGGAUUGUCCCUCUUCAAGUUUUCCCAGAGUCCAUCCCAGAGCUCGUCCCUGUAAAACCAUUACAAGAAGGAACAGGCUUCUACAGACUCGAGGUCUAACACUCCUUGAAGCGGUAAUGUAGCAGAGGAACACCUAGGACUCAUUUUAGAGGAAGAAAUUCGGGCGGUGACUCUCUUGACAAGACUGAAUAUCAGCAAUUAUCUUCAGUGGGCUACGUGCCAGAAGAAAAGAUACUUGCCAAAUGCUGACUUAGCUCUCUGUACUUAACAGUGGGCAUUAUUUUUACUAAAGCCUAAAGGUGUGGAAAAUAAAACUGCCGACUAAAAAUUUCCUGUAGCCACGGACUUACCCUGUGGGGUUUUUUUUUUCCAUGCAGUGAAAUAGGGCUGUACCCACAAUGCAUCUCUGAUCAUCAAAGGUAAAUUGGUAUCGGCUAUGACUGUUUGUAGGGAGAUGGUCAUUGUAUUGUUGUUUUGGAGCUGGUUUUAUGGUUUGCAGUCCAGUGUGUUUUGGUUUUUUUUGUUUUUUUUUUUUUCAGAGACAGGGUUUCUCUGUAUCGUUUUUGGAGGCUGUCCUGGAACUCGUUCUGUAGACCAGGCUGGCCUCGAACUCACAGAGAUCCGCCUGCCUCUGCCUCCCGAGUGCUAGGAUUAAAAGCGUGCGCCACCACCGCCCGGCCUGCAGUCCAGUGUUCUCCUGCAAGCAUCAAGAGAGAAGCAGCAGCAUUAGCUAUGACCGCUGAGAGUUGCUCAAAAUAUAUUAACCUGGAAAACGCUAAAACGUGAAAGUUAGAUGUGUGUUUUUAAAGAAAAAAAAUGGGGCUGGAAAAGAUGGUUCAGUGAGUAAAAGAGCUCGCUGAACAAACAUGGGAAUCUGAGUUCGAAUCCCUGAUACCCAUGUAAAAAGCUGGGUAUGACCGUGUAGGUCUAUAACCCAAGUGUUGUGGGGAGUGGAGACAGGAGGAUUGUUGUCUCUAGGCAGCAGGGGCAGAGUGACAGACAGAAGAAGACACCUAAGUCAUCCUCCAGCCUCCAAAGACGUGCACGUGGGCAUACAUCCCUGCUCAUGUAUGUAAAGCGCAACAUAUGCCCCACACACACACUCCAGAUGUGGGGCUGGAGAGACGCUCACACACGUGCACAUGCACGCAUGCACACACACAGGCACACACACACACAGGCACACACACACCAGAUGUGGAGCUGG